UUUAAUGAUAAAAUCGCGCGUCUAAAUUCAAAUCCUAUAAUAAUAUUAGUUUACAAAACCCUAGAUUUUAUAUAAUUACUAUCCCAUUCCCACACCAAGCCAGGCCCUCCGGAGAUGAUGGCCUAACUUUGAUUGCAUGUAAUUUGUUCAACGAUUUUCCUCAUAAUUAUUGAACCAGAAUCAAUGGCUGGUCCGAGAAGUAGCCCAAGACUCCGAAAUAUUCCAGAAGAUAAAAGGCCUUACUAUGGCAGUCACACCAGGAAAAGGACGCCUUCCAAUGCAGAUACUACGCCGGUCUCCAAAAUGCCUAAAUUGAACAAAUGCAAGUCUGUCAAAGCCAAAAACUUACGGUCUGAUUCUGAUAAUUCCAAUCAAAAUGCUGUCAUUUUGGAUGAUGAUCAAUCGCUGGUUCCGGUGCCUACUUGUUUGAAUGAUAAGAAGAAGGAUACACACUUCGCUGCAAGAGUCAAAGAGUCAUUGAGGCUUUUUAAUUUGUUGUACCUCCAAUUUGUUCAGGAAGAGGAGAAGAGAUGCAAGAAAGAACAGAAUGGCAGGGAACCCAACGGUGAUGUUAAGAGGCGUACCAAACGACCUGAUUUGAAGGUGAUUUCCGAGAUGUUCAAAAAGAGCACUCUGAAACCUGAAAGAACUUUUGGUCACCUACCAGGUAUUGAGGUGGGGCGUCAAUUUUUCUCUCGGUCUGAGAUGGUUGUUGUAGGAAUUCAUGGGCGUUGGUUAAAUGGAAUUGAUUACAUAGGGGAUUCUUAUGUCCAGGACGAGUUUAAAGGCUAUACCUUUCCACUUGCAGUAGCAGUCGUGUUGUCUGGCCAAUACGAAGAUGAUGUUGAUAACUCGGAAGAGGUUGUAUAUACAGGUCAAGGUGGGCAUGAUUUACUUGGUAAGAAGCGCCAAAUUAAAGAUCAGGAACUGAAGCGUGGUAAUCUGGCACUUAAGAAUAAUAUGGAGCAAUCCAUUCCCGUCAGAGUUGUUCGUGGACAUAAAUGUCAGGCUAGUUACAGUAACAAGGUUUAUACAUAUGAUGGUUUGUACAAGGUUGUUCAGUUCUGGGCAGAGAAAGGUGCUGCUGGCUUUACUGUUUUUAAAUACAGGUUGAAGCGACUUCCAAAUCAACCUGAAUUGAUCUCAAAUCAGGUUCAUUUUAUAGGCGGGGGAAAGCAUAAAUCUCAGUCUGUAAUACCUGGGUUGGUCUGCAAGGACAUUAGUAAUGGUCAAGAAAGUAAACCUAUCCUUGUUACCAAUGUAAUUGAUGAUCCACCUUUAGCACCAGAAGGCUUUACAUAUAUUAAAUCUAUUCAAGUAGCGCGUAACGUUAAAAUCCCACCGAACGGUCCUGGAUGCAAUUGCAAAGAAAAAUGCACUAAUCCAAAGACUUGUUCUUGUGCUCGACUUAAUAACCAUGACUUUCCUUAUGUGAGUCAAGAUGGUGGCAGACUGGUCGAGCCUAUGGAUGUUGUCUUUGAAUGCGGACCACAGUGUGGCUGUGGACCUAAAUGUGUAAACCGUACGUCCAUGCAGGAAUUAAAGCAUCGACUUGAGGUCUAUCGGACUCCGGAAAAAGGUUGGGCUGUUAGGUCAUGGGACUAUAUUCUUCCAGGUUCGCCAGUAUGUGAAUAUGUUGGAGUUAUUAGGAGAAGUGAUGAAUUAGACAAUGUCUCUGAGAAUGACUACAUAUUCGAAAUUGAUGGCUGGCAAACCAUGAACGAGAUAGAGGGGCGAGAGAGGCGAUUGCGUGAUGUAUCUCUCCCACAUAAUCACGCUGUUAGAAAAAAAGGAAAGAUAUCAGAAUGCGCACCUGAGUUUUCCAUCGAUGCAGGUUCCUUUGGAAAUGUUGCCAGAUUCAUCAAUCAUAGUUGUGAGCCUAAUCUCUUUGUUCAGUGUGUUUUGAACUCUCACCAUGACCUUAGACUUGCUCGAGUUGUGUUAUUUGCUGCAGAUAGCAUACCUCCUAUGCAGGAACUUACAUAUGACUAUGGUUAUGUACUCGAUAGUGUUGUUGGUCCUGAUGGAAAGAUAAAGAAGUCGCCUUGCUACUGCGGUGAACCUAGCUGUCGAAAGCGGUUAUACUAGACAGAGAAUUUUUUGCAUUUUGGUUAGUUGGCCUCCCCUAAUGAAACAUUUUUUUUCUUGUUAAAUUCGAAUAUCAGCUUUGCCCUCAAAAUAUCGAUGAAGUGGGAACCAUAUCGAUUUUAAUAGAAAUUUAAAUUCUUGCUUAUGAUUUCUCCACGUAAUAAUGUGGUCACUUUGUAGUACUAUACUUCUUUUGGAGGUCUAAAAUUCGAAUA